AUGACUAAAAUUGGUUUUAUGAAUAACCAUAAAAUUUUUAGGGCCUUAAAAUCCAUUCCUCAAAUCCCCAUAACUAAAAGAAUCCACUUCCAAUUCUCCCCCGACCUUCGUCUUCACAGUCACGCCGCUAACGCCGGCCACAAUCACAGAGGUCGCCAGGCCAACAAACAUCCCGUGCUCCACAAUCCCCGGCAGCCUCAGAAUCCGGUCGCUAGCCUCCUUCAAAUCCCCAAUAUCCCUCUCCAAAUACAGAUCGAUUAUGUAAUUCCCGUUGUCCGUCACGUAGAUCUCCCCAUCCUUCCCGCACCUUCUGAGCUCACCCAAACAGCCCCUAUCGGCGAACAGAUCCACCAGCCUUCUCCGGGAAUGUUCCCAGCAGAAGGGGAUAACCUCGACGGGCAUGGCCAACCGGCUGCCCCCGAUGUGGCUCACCAGCUUGGAUUCAUCCACGAUGACGAUGAAUUUUUUGCUCACGGAUUCAAUCAUUUUCUCUCUAAGGAGCGACCCGCCCCGGCCCUUGACCAGAUUCAGAUCCGGGUCGACCUCGUCGGCGCCGUCGAUCGCCAGAUCUACGGCCGGGGAGACGGCCUGCUCGUGCGUCUUCGUGGAGGUGGCGACGCCGACGAUGUCCCUGAGCUUCCCCUGCUUCAGGAGGUGGGCGAUGCGGUCGACGGCGUGCCGGGCCGUGGAGCCCGUGCCGAGCCCGAUGACCAUGCCGGAUUCCACGUGCUCGACGGCCUUGUAGGCGGCGAUUUUCUUCAAAUCGUCCUGCGUGAACUGAGGCGCGGCGGCGGCGGCCGCCAUCGGCUUUGGAGAGGGGUUCGGCGGCGCUUGGGCGUCGGGGGCCAGGAAAGUGGAAAAAUGUAUGGAUGGAAAAUGCAGGCCUGA